AUGGAGGAGGAGAAUAAUGAAGCAGUGACUUACAGGCCCAGCAGGUUCAAAAGAGUUUGCGUAUUCUUUGGAUGCAGCUCCGGUAAACGAGACUGCUAUCGUGAUGCUGCUCUCGACCUGGGAAAAGAACUGGUCUCCGGGAGAUUGGAUCUUGUUUAUGGAGGAGGAAGUGUCGGCUUAAUGGGUUUGGUUUCUCAGGAGGUUCACCGCCGUGGAGGACAUGUUAUAGGAAUUAUCCCCAAGACUCUGAUGAGCAAAGAGAUAACAGGGGAAACAUUCGGAGAGGUCAAACCAGUUGCGGACAUGCACCGAAGGAAAGCCGAAAUGGCUCGCCAUUCCGACUGUUUCAUCGCCUUACCGGGUGGAUAUGGAACACUGGAAGAGCUAUUAGAAGUCAUAAAAUGGGCCCAGCUUGGAAUCCACGACAAACCUGUUGGGUUGAUUAACGUGGAUGGCUACUAUAAUUAUCUGCUCAACUUCUUGGACAAAGCCGUGGAUGAUGGCUUCAUUAAGCCAUCACAACGUCGUAUCGUCGUCUCCGCUCCAACCGCAACGGAACUUGUCCGAAAACUCGAGGAAUACGUGCCGAUGCACGACGGAGUUGUUGCUAAGGCAAGGUUGGAUGGUGAAUCUGAACAGUUGGAGCUGAAUUCAUCUUUGCAAACUGAGAUUGCUUGUUGAAAUUAGACAGAAGAGGACAAAGUGUCCUCU